AUUUGGUCCAUCUUCGUAAUUCAUUGCAGAGACUGAAUGGGUGAAAUUGUUUGGGGUGAGUAGUGAGCGGUAAUGACGCUACAAUACCUUUGGUUAGCUCUAAGCACAUGCGAUGUACCAAGAUACAUCACAUAACAAACACUCCGGAGGUUAAUUGCCCUAUCUAGUUGAGUCAGAAGGGCAAUAUAGCCAGUCAACUGCCCCGUGCCGGAAGGAGAAGGGAGGAGGUAGCGAGGAAAAGCGGACACUUUAGGAAAAGAUGAAGGAAGAGGAGCAUAGGCAUGGUGAAAAAGCGUCGAGAAAAGUGAAGAUUUAGAAUGCAAUGUCGCAUAUGCCAUAUAUAAGGUGUCUUUCUUCAUGUUAGGUGCAGGUCAAAAUUAUGAAAUAAUGAAAUAGCUUUCUUUUUCUAUCUGAGAUGACAAAACUCCGUCAAAAUUUCAAACACAUGCAGUGGCUCACCUUUUCGGUGGUCAGUAAUAGCUUCUGGCAAUAUUAAGCUCCACCUUCAAAUCAUGUUCGAAAAUGCAAUAAAAAAAGUAUGAUAUGUUGAAUUGCGGCUGUGAAAUAGUUAUAAGACCUUACAAUGGGAAUAUCAUGGACUCGACUCUAAAGCGUGACCGUGACCGUUUCACCGUGUUUGACGUAACAUAAGGCUGAUAAACGAAGAUCCAAAUACAGCAACGCAUCACCUUCCACGUGCAUUAAGCUUGAUUAACGACAAACUACCAGGAAAUGAUGCUGUAGCAGGUAGUACUAUUGCCGUCGUAUUAAGCAUGUCGCAUUAUACCGGUUACAAGAUCAAUCUAGAUCUCUCCCAGGGCUUGUACAUCUUCGAGGGCUCAAAAAGAUGGUUGCGAUGGUUGAGAUGGUGGUGGCAUUGCGAGCCUGGAAUGGAAGAACUUCCACUUGCUCAAAAGAUAUUUAGGGCAAAUAUUUGACUCUUACCUGAUAUUAGUGCUAAUACAUCGUACAGAGUUGAUCUCGAGUAUUCCCUUCAUAUGGGCUCCUCCUUCAGACACACGGCUCAAGAUAUUGAAAGCAACAAUUCUUGUUGUAUCAGGGAAACUGUCAAUUCACAUUUCUACCGAAGGCAGGUAGCUUUCUAGUGCUCGGGUACUUACAACUCAGCACGAACGUCCAUUAUCGAACGUGGUCCGCCCUCAGAUGGUCAAAAGCUGUACAAUACGCUUCUUUUACCUGGAUACCAUCUCAUUUCCAUGUGUUUUAUUGAGGUUUUUCGUCCUAAUAAUCUCCUUGAGGAUGUCAUUCACCUAGGUCUGACAUCAUUCGUGACAACGUCUGUCGGUGGAUUGAUGGCAAAGUGCCAGAUAAUCCGCUUCUAUCUGGGUUAACCAAAUCUCUUGCG